AUGGGCGCUCCAACUCAAGUUCAAAAUCCAAAUUACAACAGUUCAAUAAAGCCAGAUCCAGAUUCCGCUCUGAGUUAUGGGUCUCAGACAAGAAGUUGCUCACCUGGAGAAGAAAUGGACCAUGAUUCGCAGCUAACCGAGAACGAAGUGGGGCAAAGAUCGCAGUUUACCCACUAUGAAAUGGAGCAAGAACCUCAGCCAAAACUUAAACCCAAACGAAAUAGAUCUCGAGCCGGGUGCUACACCUGCCGUUUGAGACGCAAGAAAUGCGACGAGAAAAAACCUAAAUGCGGAACCUGUUCUAAACAUAUGUUAAAAUGCAUUUGGCCUCGUAAGGGUCAAGGCCGACUCACCAAAGAAAUGCGAGAGAAGAUGAAGCAGAAAAUAGACCUUUACGACGACGGCUCGGGCAAUGCGCUAGCAACCAAUAAUUCUGAAGUGUGUUUUACGUCCAAAUCUGGGAUCCAGUACUUUGUCAAUUAUACUCUAGACUCCAACAAUCGCAAGAUGGUCCUCAUGAGUAGCGAUGUGCCGGGCUCAGGCUCGAUGCUCGAAACCCUUAGUGACGAGCAGUCUGCCGAAGAUGACGAAUUUGAAGAUGAAGAACUAGAGCGUCAAGAAUCAAUGGAAACCGAUCAUACCGAGAACCAGAUACCAUCGAAAUCCCAAUAUCAUUGGCAAAACGAAACGCAACAACCCGAAAAAACAGCGCUGGAACCUAGCGGUCAGUUAUUACUCUCUAGUGAUAACGAACGAUUGAUUCAGCAAUCAGAGCAAAAUUCAAGCGAAGACUGGUUUGCGCUUCUUAAUAGUCCCCAAGCGGGCCCGGGGACACCCUCAGUUCCUGCAUUUUGGGAAAAGCUAAUAAACAUGGACUUCAAAGACCAAAUAAUGUCUCCAAGUUUCCCAAUUAUAUUACCACCUUCUACUCCACAAGCAAUAACCGUCAACUCCGACUUUCCGACGCGAAAUGCCAUCACAAGUAAUAACACAGACGAAGACUACAAUGCCUACGGGUUAGAUGAAGAAAUGUCAGAAAAAUUCUAUGGAAAACUGAUGAGAAAGUUUGUUAGCUGGACUUCUUUUAGCAACGAAACUAAAAGAAUGCCUGUGGCCAAAUUGAUGUCACAAUAUCAAUUCACGCAUCAAGAACUUUUGCUAUACUACACAUGCAUAUAUUACUUCCUACCCGCUGUAGGUCCACAACAAACGCUUCCACAAUUGACCACCACAGAGACGUUCGUUCCUCUACUUACGCAGCAUGCCAUUGUCAAAGAUGUGUUUUUAUGUUGUGGAGCAACAUUUCUAGCAUGGUGUCAGCCUCAAAAAUAUUCGGACAUUGCCGAAAAGCUGUAUCAAAGUUGCAAGACGGGAUUAGACAAGGAAAUGGAGUCUGAAAGAAUACGCGGAGACGAAACAUGGGCAUUCGCAUGUUUUCAGUUACUAUGUCUGACCAAUAAGCUACACAAUGGCAAAGGAGAAUCUAUGGUUGACCGAUGUGUGGAUAACCUGGCUCAUUCAUUCAACAUCAUAAAACACAAAUACGACGCCAUUGAGAAGCAUGGUUCGACCCCAACCGAUCGAAUGUUGAUUGAGAGUUUCAUGUACAACUACACCGUCUCAUUACUCGUUGCUAAAGAUCUGUCCAAAUUGCCCGAUCCGUUUGGAACAGCUUUUCAGAACUUGAGGGUGCUUUUGAAGUCCCCGAUCUUCAACGAUUGCGAUGUGGAGUGGAUGAAUAACCCAGUUUUGGGGCCGUCGGUGGACGCCUUUUGUAUGCUCGCGAAAGUAUCGUUCUUGAGCCGAAUGCCGCUUCCACUUCAGUCGAGUGACUGGAAAGCAACGGCUCAAAAACUGCUUGAGGAGUGCUUGUACUACACCCCGCCUACACUACCCGAGCAGGUGCGCAGCAAUGAGCGCAAAUACGAAAUAUACAGGCCCGGUCUGUUAUGCGGAUCUAUCAUCAGCAAAGCGUGCUACCUGCUGCUGAACAAGAUCCUGAGGUUUGAAGAGUUCGACGUGCGUGAUUGCGAAAUUCAAGGUGUAGUGAAAUAUACGAUUCGAAGUCUGAAGGAUAUCGAAAAGGGGAACCCGCUGCUUUGCAUUUUGUUGUGGUCGCUGCUGAUAAUUGGAGCCUUCACCGUGGACUCUGAAGACCGCCUGGUCAUCAAAGAGUAUCUGAAGAGUACAUCUGAGACCAUUCACUCCUAUGGAGCCUUAAAAAUCAACAAUCUAUUGCAGCUAGUCUGGGAUCGCGACGACAUCAACCUACUUUUUGUCAGAGAGAACAUCAGUCAAGUUAUAAUCUAG